CGCAUGCUUGAACGUCUGACGAUCAUCGAUCGAUCGUUAACGAGAAAAUCAGUGAUGUAAUAUAUCAUUCAUUUCUGUUGACUAAUUUCCCUCCCUUAUUAGGCCAUUGAGAUCUAUCUCCAGCCUACCUUCAUCCUUUUUGUAAUAGGAGGUGGAAUGGCGUUUUCCAUGCCCUGGGACGGAAUGCUUUCCUUGGAAUUAUUGGAGAAAGGAGGAAUGCUCUUAGCUACUAUUCAACCUGGCUGACUAAUCGAACGAUUGAAUGUUGAAGAAAUUUAGAAUCGAGUCCAUCUCACGGAUCAGUAAUACAAUACGAUGUCAAUUCCACUUGCUGAGUAAGUAUCUUGCGAAGUUGCUUGCAUUCGAACUAGGGCCUACGUAAUGUCAUGGAGAAUGUGUCAUAGUUCUAAAAACAAAUGAACGUUUGCACGAUACUCAGAAUUCUAUUAUAUUCUAAUCUUCGAUCGAAUAUUUGAUGACAAAAUUGUCGUAAAUAAUUUUUUUCUCAUUUUUGUUAUUUUAUAUCUAUGACAAUUAUCGAUGACGAUUCAUACUCCAUGAUAAAACACACAUAAGAAACAAUUCUCAAACGAAGUCGUCCAAUCACCCGCCUUCUCCUUUCAAACGUCAAUUCCCUCGGUCAAACUUUUUUUGCCAACUAUCGAGACCAUUCCCUAAGGCCAUCCUAUUACAGACAUAGCCCGCAGCGUCAUCGAACGGCAGCAAUUAAGAAUUAAAAAAAUAAAGAUCAACCAGACCAAUCUACAUACAUCAGAGUCUCUGCUGAUUUCACCUGUGUAAUUUAAAUAAUCGCCAUCCACGCUCCUGUUUUUUUUAUCAUAUAUCUAGAAAGUCGUUCUAAACGCUUCGUUAUUGAACUGUUUGCACCCACAUGCGAGCGAAGGGAUGUGUUCAUUCUAGUCGUAAUAAAAUACAAAUUAAUUGUCAGUAAACGCAUAGCAAACAAGCAUAUAAGAUUAACUUAUUGAAUUAACGGCAGAUUUGUUAUGAUCGUUAGAUUAUUGGACACAAUAAUAAGAGGAUAAACCAGGUAAUUGGCAAUUUAAUGACUGAGUAAUUUUGUUGAUCGUUGAAGUUAUGUACGGUUGUAGAUCAAGGUGGCUUAUUGACAGUGGUGUUCUGUGAAGCAUACCGAUUGACCGUGGCGGUAGUUCGACCAUGACGAACCAUUCUACAGGAGUAUCAGAAAACUGCGAAUGUGUAACGCGAUCGUAAAUUAGGUUCAGUGCGAAACGCGCUCUCGAACUCGAAGGAUCCUUCGAGCUUCCUUUGAUCCCCCACCUCGGACGUCAACCAGACGAAAGACGGAAAGAGAGAGGCUUUCCUUGGCUACGAACAACGCAACACCUCGUAGACGCUGUUUUGUCGUCGCUGCUGCUGACUCUAACGCGGGAAACAUCUUCAUCGGCUCCUUCCCCUCGAUGAGCGACGAUCUUGGGGCUCGAGCGUCGAUCGUUUGGAUUACAGUCGCGGACCGGAUCUAACGGAUCUCGGACGACACUGAACGCAACAGAGGACUGGAAAGUCAACAGGAUGAUCAACAGGACGUGCUUGGCAGUCCUCAUUGGGCUGCUGGGUCUUGCUUGUGGCUUGCAAUGCCCGAAACAAAAGCUAUCACCAGGCAGAGAAGUAGUAUGCUACACUUUCGUUUCCGACGUCGAUCAGCUAACAGAGGCUGUGUGCAAAUGCACCUCUUUGGUACAACAAGGCUACGACGUGCGAAAUCUCUCGGUUUCCGGAUUCGAAGACUUUCAGAAGUCAUUGAAGAAGAUUAUUCCAACACUUCAGUUCGUGGUUUCCGUGGACGACCCUGGAAAAACACUAAGCACUUCCGGUACAGUUCGUCAAGAGAUCACCGCUCGUUUGAUCGGAGUUUUGAAAGAGGUUGAUGGAGUCGAGUUAAAUAUGACUGCAGGAUCAAAGGAACGUUUGGUUCACUUUGUAAAGGGUUUGAAAGACGAAUUGGUGAGGAAAUCAUACGAUAAGAGAAUAUUCCUGGUUCUACCCACAAAAUCAGAGGAACUGGCUAAACAAUUCGAUCUGAAAGAACUGACCAAGUACGUGGAUCUGUUUACGGUCCCGACGCACUACUUGGUCGAAGAUGACGAGGCCAAUCACACUUUUCAUCCGUCAAGAUUGAUGGGUCUCUUCGACAUGUUUAACGCCGACAGUUUGAUCGACUUAAUCAGCGGUUUGGGCGCGCCUAAGAGAAAAAUUCUGGUAUCAGUACCAGCCACUGCGUACAAGUUUAUGCUAAAGGAUCAGGACGAUAAUGCCCCAAGGGCGCCAACCGAGGAGAUGCAACCGGUUACCAUUGAUCAGAAACAAUUGUGCGAUUUGAUGAACAACGGUGAAUGGACAGUGGAAAGGGACGAAGAUCUUACUGCUCCUUAUGCUUUCAAAGAUAAAAUGUGGAUUGCUUUCGAAGAUAGAAUAUCUCUAUCUAUAAAAGGAAAGUAUGUACUGCUUCGAGAUCUUCCUGGAUUGGCUGUGCAUGACGUAGAGAAUGACUUUAAAACUAAUUGUGGGAUGCCUCUUACACACGAGGUUCAUCGAUCGUUCUCGAAUUUCAAGAGGAAGUCGAGAGCCGCUGUUUUGAACGCUUUGGAAGAUGACCUACACCAAAAAGAGCUCGAGUACUCGACUAAAGUCAAGUCAUCCGAUUUUCGAGUUGUUCGCGUAGUAGAUACUGAAGGGCACAUCAGAGUUGUUCGAGAAAACACGCAAACCGAAUUUACUUGUUCUAGACAAGGAUACUUUGUCCAUCCUAAAAGUUGUAACAGAUUCUAUCGAUGUGUUAAAUUCAACCAGGAAGUGGAAGAUUACUCCGUAUUCGAGUUCGACUGUCCAGCAGGUUUAUCAUUCGACGAGCGUACAGAAGUUUGUGUUUGGCCAGGCUCCAUGCCUGAGGGAUCGCCAUGUCCUGGAAGUAGCGAAAUUGCACCAGUAACUCGAAUAAGGUUCGAGUGUCCUUCCAAAUCUGGCUACUAUGCGGAUCCCCAAAAUCCCCGUUGGUUCUUCGCCUGCAUCGACCUAGGAGGCCCUGAAAUAAUGGCUUAUGAAUUUCGUUGUCCGUUCGGUCUGAUCUUCGACGAGCAAAAAUUAAUUUGCGAGUGGCCUUGGUUGGUAGCAGGCUACUCUGGUACUGGUUAUACAAGAUCAGAAUAUGACGGAGGGUAUUAUGGCACUGGAACUACUGCAGGUACUGGUGGAUACUAUACAGGAGCAUUACCUCAUGGUUACACGGGAACAUCAGGAGGAGGAGGGUAUACUGUUCCUACUGGAUCAGGAUUUUCUGGAGCAGCUGGAAUUGGCCAUGGAUCGCCCUUUGGACAAGGAACAGAAUAUACUGGAAGUGGGAAAGGAAAAGGAUACAGUGGAAGUGGACAAGGAGCAGGAUACACUGGAUCAGGUAUAGCUGGUCAUGGAACUUCAUAUGAUGGUCAAGGAGCUGGUGGUUACUCUGGAACAACUGGAAGUGGAUAUUCCGGAGCAGCAGGAGCUGGUCAUGGAACCACAUAUAUUGGUCAGGGUUCUGGUGGUUACUCUGGAACAACUGGAAGUGGAUAUUCCGGAGCAGCAGGAGCUGGUCAUGGAACAACAUAUAUUGGUCAGGGUUCUGGUGGUUACUCUGGAACAACUGGAAGUGGAUAUUCCGGAGCAGCAGGAGCUGGUCAUGGAACAACAUAUAUUGGUCAGGGUUCUGGUGGUUACUCUGGAACAACUGGAAGUGGAUAUUCCGGAGCAGCAGGAGCUGGUCAUAGAACCACAUAUAUUGGUCAGGGUUCUGGUGGUUACUCUGGAACAACUGGAAGUGGAUACUCUAAAACAGGAGGUGCUGAUUAUGGCACUAAAUAUACUGGCCAAGGAUUUGGUGGACAUUCUGGAACAACUGUAAGCGGAUAUUCUGGAACUGCAGGAGUUGGUCAUGGGUCUACAUAUAGCGGUCAAGGGUCUGGUAGACAUUCUGGAACAACUGGAGGUGAGUACGCUGGAGCAACAGGAGCUGACCAUGGAACUUCAUAUACUGGACAAGGAUUUACGGGAACAACUGGAAGUGGGUACUCCGGCGCAGGAGCAACUAUAACAUCUGGUCAUGGAUAUUCAGGAACUGGCACGAGCUAUACUGGAUCGACUGGUAAAGCAGGUUAUGGAGGAUCAACUGGCACAGGAUAUUCAGGAGGAACUGGUACGGGUCAAGUAUCUACUGGCACUGGAUUUACUGGUUCAGGAAUCAUUGAGCAAGCAGAGAAAAGUGCAACGACUGGUGCCGGCUAUACUGGAUCCACGUAUUCUGCUGCUGAAUCUGCUGAUGGAGGAUAUUCAGGAACAAAGGGAGGAUCUAUUAGUGGAGGGCAUCCAGGAACAAAGAGUGGGUCUAGUGUUGGGGGAUAUUCAGGCGCAACUGGGGGAACUGUUAGAGGUUAUGCAGGACCAGGUGGUAUUCAUGGUGGAUCUAGUAGCGGAGGAUUCGCGGGAUCUACUGCUGGCGGAUAUACAGGAGCAGGAACAACUGGUGCUCACGCGGGAUCUACUGGAGGUUAUGCAGGGCCAGGUGGUAUUCAUGGCGGAUCUACUGGCGGAGGAUUCGCGGGAUCUACUGCUGGCGGAUAUACAGGAGCAGGAACAACUGGUGCUCACGCGGGAUCUACUGGAGGUUAUGCAGGGCCAGGUGGUAUUCACGGCGGAUCUACUGGCGGAGGAUUCGCGGGAUCUACUGCUGGCGGAUAUACAGGAGCAGGAACAACUGGUGCUCACGCGGGAUCUACUGGAGGUUAUGCAGGGCCAGGUGGUAUUCAUGGCGGAUCUACUGGCGGAGGAUUCGCGGGAUCUACUGCUGGCGGAUAUACAGGAGCAGGAACAACUGGUGCUCACGCGGGAUCUACUGGAGGUUAUGCAGGGCCAGGUGGUAUUCAUGGCGGAUCUACUGGCGGAGGAUUCGCGGGAUCUACUGCUGGCGGAUAUACAGGAGCAGGAACAACUGGUGCUCACGCGGGAUCUACUGGAAUUUAUGCAAGACCAGGUGGUAUUCAUGGCGGAUCUACUGGCGGAGGAUUCGCAGGAUCUACUGCUGGCGGAUAUACAGGAGCAGGAACGACUGGUGCUCAUCCGGGAUCUACUGGGGGAUAUACAGGAACCUCGGGAGGUUUUAGUGGAACUUCAAUACCUGGUCAAACCAUUACAUUUGGUACUGGACAGUCACAAACACCAAUUUAUGUUUCUUCUGGCACAACUGGAGCUGGAUUAGACCAUGGUGUAACCAGUAUAUAUUCACAGACUCCUGGGCCUAUUAUCGUGGAGAAGCCUGAGAAACCGACCUGUCUCACGAACCUGUGUUAUGGGUCUUCUCAACCAUCAGGUGGUCAGACCCUCGCAACAGACGACUAUGUUUCAAGCCACGGAGAUAUUUCUGGAAAAAAUGUUUACCAAGGUACGACUGGAUUCCCUGGAAGCUUGAAUAUUACUUUUGGAAGCCACGUACCUUCCAUUGGAGGCGUUACGUAUCAUGGAGGCGUCACAUCCGCUGGUGGCUAUACAGUGACAACAGGUGCAGGUGCUAUCGUGACAGGACACGGUAUUCAAGGAUCGAUCAUCACUGGAGAUUCCACUCCAGGGACGGUCAUUACCCAUGGAGCCACCCCUGGCGCAAUCUUCACAGGUUCUUCUGACCAAGGCACCAUAAUAAGUGGAGGGAGCCAUCCAGGAUAUACAAAGACUGGUCUAAGUUCACCUGGCUAUGUAAUUAGUGGCGGAGUCAAGACCGUAUUCCCUGGUUCAGUCAGUUCUGGAACGACAGUUUUCGGAACACCUUCACCUGGUGUCAUAGUAACUGGAACACCUUCACCUGGCGUCGUAGUAACUGGAGCACCUUCACCUGGAACUAUUAUAAAAGGUCAAUCGAGUCCUGGAAUAAUUCUUACAGGACAAAAAGCUCCUGGAGUGUCUAUUGGGGGAUCUAUUGUGCCAGGAACAGUCAUUGGUUCAGGUUUUCCAACGCACCCAGGGACUGUUACUCCAGGAUCUCCAUUUGGAACUAAGAUUGGAACCACACCAUCGACUUAUGUCACCGGCUAUAAAACUAACGAAUACCAUGACAACGGAGGACGUGGCACCAUUAGAUUUAACAAUGGUGAUGUGACCACCAAAUACACAGAAAAUGAUAUUCCAGAUUAUAGACCAACUGGCGGCAAUAUUUUGCCAGAUACUCUCAUUCCAGGAAGCAAAGGUAUUCCUGGUGUAUCGAUAACUAGUGGCUUCACUAAGACUGGACCUACCAAGACAGGCUUUACCACUGCUACUUUAGGUGCUGGUGGUAGUUACGUAAUUAGCACUGGAAAAACUAGCCCUCCACCCAAUCCUGACCAUAUUGGCGCCAAAGCUUUCGAAGGCAACGUGGCAGGAUACCCGAAAUCAUCUACCGAGAGCAGUGCCAAGACUUAUUCAGGAACAUUCUCAACUUAUGGUCCAGGCUUCAGUCAGGGACCUUCGAAGGGCACUGGAUAUUCCUAUCCCACGCCUAGCAUUCCAUUUGAUACAGGAGUGACGAAGAAUUUGCCUAUUUCUUCGACAGAGAGUGGCAUCUUUAGUGGAACUACUCCAACGCCGUUCUUGAAGGUUGAAAUGUAUAAUACACCAAAAUUCGGUGAGGCCAGAUUCACCAGUUCACCUGCAGUUGUGAAUACGUAUCAGAAACCAAGUGGCUUUACACGUGCACCAUCUCCAACUGGAACACCUGUGCUUUAUACCACUGGUCCAUUGGAAAAUUACAAAACGACUGUCUUUGAAGCGGCUAAAGUCCCAGUUACCAUCUCUACUAUUCACCCAGUAAUCGAUACUGGAUACCAGACAGUCAUAUCGUCGACGCCAUUGCCUGUAACUAUAAGUCAAGAUAAAUUUAGCAUUCAGACAAAACCUCAGUUUGGUUUUGGAACAAAGACUUCUCAACCUGGUAUAUUCGGAGAUCGAGGUUACGUUUCUAGCACGACACCAACGACUGUAUUUAAAAUAUCAUCGAAGUAUCCUUCUGGAGAACCACAGUAUGAUUAUGGACCUACCACUCCAUCAUCUGGUUCUGGAUACUUCACAACUUCGAAGAGCGUAUUUGAACAUGUGACACCGUCUGGAAUCUCAGAGUCAGCUAAACCACAGACUCAGUAUAUACCUGGCGACUCUAUUUCGCCAGCUAUUGGAGUAACUUACAGAAAACCAUUCCCAUUACCUGGCGUCACCUAUCAACAAGAAUUCACACCAGCCUCUAUGAAAUCGUACACCACUGCUCCAUCGGGCAUAGGAUCAGGUCCCGGCUACAAAGGAUCGCCUACGAACAUAGCAAUUCCCAGAGAUGAAGUCGGAAAGCUCGUUACCAAUUACAACAGAGGCACCACGAAAUAUGUUCCAAACCAAUACGACGUUUACACAACAGGAUCCGCAGCAGGAGUCGAUUACUACCAGUCCCAGUCAAAAUUCAAACAGGGUUACGAUUCAUCGACACCAUCCUCGGUUCCUAGAACACAGUCUCCUCUCACAGUGACGACUUACUCCGGAGGAUACUCGAAACCAUCUCCAGGUAUCACGUAUCAGACCACCGCCAAGUCUACAGCCGUAGGUAAACCCAAAGUGAUUGUGAAGUGGAGCGAUCUGCACCCCCUUCUCCUUGGAAAAUUAGGAGCAGAGUGUACCUGCAGAGGAGAUCCUUUCGCUAAUCUCAGGGGCCCUGGCUCCAAGUUGAUCAACUCGUCAAAGGGCAAAGUGGAUUUGUCUAAUUACGACGAGUCGGAGAUUUAUGUAGAUCUUGAGAAGGAAGGAUCUUACGAAGAUCAAGAUUACCAAGUGACUAACUACGAAUUGUCUUCGAAACAACCAGUUAAGAUCUAUAAUGAACUUUCGAAAGCUCUAGGAGCUACGAGCAUUCAAGUUCAAGAAAAACCAUCAUCCACGUACUUACCAAGCGUUACUCCUUCCGUGGGAGUAGGAAGUCGCACUUCGGGCCUUUCAGGUCAUGGAUUAACUGCCAAUUUCAGAUCUGGAAAGAGUCUGAGCAACGCUGGAUCUCCUAUCAACUCUAUUGGAGGUGGUAAAGGUUUAGCUUCCACUGUGGAUCAUUCUGUCAUUGGUCCUAUCGAUGGUUCUGUGAAUAGUACUACUGACGAUUCUGUCGAUGGUCCAAUCGAUCGUUCUGGAGAGUAUGAGGAUAGUGUAUCGGAAGAGAUCAUCGAUGGAGCUACCAAUUGCGCCAGACCAGGUCUGUUCAGGCACCCUAACUUCUGCAACAAGUUCUAUGCCUGCCAUUGGGACGAGUGGAAGAAGAAGUUCACGCUUCACACGUUCAACUGCCCCGUGCAUUUAACCUUUGACAAUGGCGCGGGUGCUUGCAACUGGCCUAGCAUGGGCCCCGCUUGUCAAGACAAUAACUUGUUAGUUUAGAUGGUUCACUGUUGAUGGAGAGGUCUUAUGGAUCUCGCAUACCGCGGUCUUCUCGUGACACCUUCAUUUUUGAAAAACUGGAGAUGGAAAUUUGAACGCAGAGAGUUCUUAAGUUUCUGAAAGAAGAUAAUUCCAUGAAUUUUGUAAAAUUUUUUAUAUAAUCUUAAAUUAAUUUGCUAUGUUUGAAUUUUAUACAAUCUUUAUAUAUUUAUUAGUCUUCUGAUGUAAUUCUAGGUUUCUAUUACGUUUUAUACAGCAACAAUUAUUUUAUAGAGCAACGUAGAUUGCAAUUAUCAGUGUACACACUUUCAGCGUUAUUUGUAGAAUAUUAAUCACACUAAAGUAAUAACAUGAAGUUUAAAAAUAUUUUGUUAAUGGUUGAACGUUCAAGUUAUGUGGCAAAGCAUACAGAGCAUGUGAGGUAACAUUUAAUUAUAACGUAGUAACGGUAUACGCUCAGUUUCUUUUUAAACUGAAAGACGUGAAACGAGUAUAAGAGAAUGCUUUUUCCGAGGUAACGAGAAUGGAGACAAGGAGGAAGAAAGAUCCAAGGCGAUCGAGGUACCGCGAUGCGAAAGCACACUGUCCAGAGUGAAAGUCAAGCUGCACUCGCCGAUUCGAAUCGCCCGAAAGAAGUCGAUAGUGUGUGCGAUUCCGAGACGAAUUAUUGUAUAUAACGUGCCUUACUCUUCCAAAUUUGUAAAUAACGACGAAUUACCUUUAAAAAGAAGAAGAUAUGGAAAAAGUUUAAAAAGUUACAGAAAAGAAAUUUUGUUUAAAUAAGACGAAAGAAAAAUGUGAAAAUCAAACUAACGAAGCAAGAAAUUGGUUCCAAAAAAAUGAUGAAGAGAUAUUUGCAAUCAAUUGAUAUUAUCGUUUCUGUUGAUCGUCGUUGAUCUGUUGCUUUGAUCGAAUUUUUUUUCUUUUUUUAUAAUUGUGUCAUUGACGAUUUAUAUUUGUAUAUAUAUAUAUUUUUGAUAUCGAUAACGCGAUUUGCAUAAUUGACGUAUCCCUUGAAUUCGUUCACUUUCUUUUCUGGAUUUUUCGUGCUUCCUGUUUAAUACAGGGAAGUUAAUUUUGAAUAUUCUCUGCGCACUGCUUAAGCUUCCCUUGAUUCUGUGUUCAUCUCGUUCCUAUCUCUAUUUACUAUUUUUCCGCUUCUUCCCGAUGCAAUUAUUAUUUAUUUGCCGCUUGUUACUAUUGUACUAGAAGAUAAGGGUAUAUUACGACAAAAAUCCUUGAGGGAUCAACGAUCGUUUCUCUGCGUCGAUAGGAAUUUCUUUUUAUUAUCUGUCUUGCACACUUAGAUCGGAGCUUCGAUAAUCGUGCCAUUUUAUCGUGGUUGUCUAAUGUAAUAUUACGAACUUAGAAUAAAUAUGAUAAUUGUACAAAA